CCACGUACAGGAAAAAAAAAAAAAAAAAGUAGUUUACGAACAGUAAAUACAUAAAGGCCAAGAAAGAGGAAGGACAGGGUGCUAAAGGAACAGCUAGAGAGGCAGGUAACUCAUAUUUGGAGGGUCAGAAAGAAGUGGUCCCUAAGCUAGUACUUAAAAACUUAGUCUCAUGUGAGUUUUUCAGUUAAAGAAUGGGAACAGACUGUUCCAGGUGAUGGGAACAGACAGCAAAUGUCCACUAGCGAACAAGAGAGGGGGCCACUUUGUGACUAGAGGUUGAAGCAUUAGGAAGGAAAGCAGCCUGGGGGUAGGUUUAGGGAGGCUUGUGUUUUAGAAGGAUUGCGGUGUGGGAAAUGCACUGAAGGACGCAAAAGGUAAGAUAGACCAAUUAGAUGUCAUCCAGCGGGGAGCUGAGAGCAGCCAGAAUGAGGAAAAGGCUGGGAGGGGAUAGAGUCGUGAAUGGAUUAGAAAAACAGAGAAGAAAGGGCACUCUGUCCUAAUCCCCUUCUUUCUUUCCUGUAGCUCCUGGCUAGUGUGAGGCAAGGAUUGCACAGAACUUGCAGCCAAAAUCCGCACUGUUGUAGCUUAUAGGCUGCCAAGUCAAGUCUUGAGGGAGCUGCAGGAAGGGGGAAAAAGUUGAGAUCACCCACCCUAUUUAUCAGUGAGAAGCAUUCCUGUCAUGGAUCUGGUUUGAGAAGAAAACAGCACUAAACCACCUAUUAUUUAGUAGUUAUUUUUGUUUGUUUUUGUAUAAUUUUGUAAAAAAUUAUAAUAGAAUUUGAAAGAACUUUAGAGGUCAUUUUGUCUCCGGUCCUUAGUUUUGUAAGUGAAGAAACCAAAGCAGAGGCAUGGUGAAAUGACUUGACCAAGGUCACAAUUGCUGCACAGUUGGUGAGAGUGAACUUCACGGGGAUCCCUGCCUCCAUCUGUAGCUCAGUGUUCCCUUAGUGCCUCGGGCCUUGCAAAGGCCUUUUGACGGCCCAGAGAUCAUGAUCCAGCUCUGUGUGUUGAGGGCCUGUUUUAGAAACUAAAUUUAAAGAGAUUUCUUGUCAUAUAUUGGAUUUUCCAGUUCAUUAAUAAAAUGUAAAAUACCUAAAGUAAAAUGUAGAAUCUCUAAACUCCUUAACAACAGUAGCUGCUGGGUGGUUUAAUCUCAUUGAUUUGCACAAAAUAGGCAUUUAAUAAAUGCAUUUUGAAUGAGUCAGUCAUACCCAGCUAACCAUUAAUCAGCUUGUUUCUAUUUCAUUUUAAAAGAUUUUUAUCCCUAUAGCACCUAUUUGUUUCCUUAGUGUUUUUAUGAAAUGAUCUCAGUGUCUAUUUUUACAUCAUAGUUUCUUUUUCUUAGAAAACUGUAUGUGCACCUUAAUAAUGACAUUGCUGCAUUCAUGUUGCUUUGUGCUACUAUUUAUUUUCUAUGAGUGUGUGCUAGAAUAAUAAAUACUUACUGGUUAAUUUUGUUUUCUCCUAACUUCCUUUACAAAUGUAAAAUGUUCUUGAGACACAUUAAAUGACUUGUUGAAAAUAUUCCUUCAGAGUCAGUAGAAGUGCUGGAAAUUAAACUGAGGUCUUGACUUACCAUCCAUUGCAACGUUCCACAUAGUUCAUCAUAUUUAUUAAGUUCAUGUAUUUAAUAGGUCAUGUUAUUAUUCAGCCUCAUCGCUGUUAGCCUCAGGAUUUUAUCAUCUCCCUUUAAAAUAUCUCACCCAGGAGGACUACCUAGGGGAAAGUUUGUGGAAAAAAGAUGCAACGUGCUAAAACUUGUUAUUCCUUUGAUUAGGAGGGCCAGAAAAAAGAAUGGAAAGAAAAGAUAGGAGAAGAAAGGAAAGAAGAGAGGAAGGAGAGAGAGAGAAGAAAGAGGAAGAAGUUCCAAAGACCUUUAGAGAAGGCAUGGCUUCCAGAGAUGAGAAUAUGAAGCGGACAGACAGAGUGCUAAGAAUAAGCCAGUUGGAUGCACUUGAACUAAACAAGGCCCUGGAGCAACUCGUUUGGUCCCAGUUUACUCAGUGCUUUCAUGGAUUUAAGCCAGGGCUGUUAGCCCGCUUUGAACCAGAGGUGAAAGCAUUCUUGUGGCUUUUCUUAUGGAGAUUCACCAUCUACUCUAAAAAUGCCACCGUGGGACAGUCAGUUUUGAAUAUUCAGUACAAGAACGAUUUUUCCCCAAACCUGAGAUACCAGCCACUGAGCAAAAAUCAAAAGCUGUGGUAUGCCGUCUGUACAAUCGGUGGGAAGUGGUUAGAAGAACGAUGCUACGAUUUGUUUCGAAACCGUCACGUAGCAUCCUUCAGGAAAGCCAAGCAGUGCAUGAAUCUCGUGGUUGGACUUUUGAAGCUGGGCAGGUUGAUUAAUUUCUUGAUUUUCCUCCAAAGGGGCAAGUUCGCAACUUUGACCGAGCGUCUGCUGGGCAUCCGUUCUGUGUUUUCUAGGCCCCAAAAUGUCCGAGAAGUAGGCUUUGAGUAUAUGAAUAGAGAACUCCUCUGGCACAGCUUUGCCGAGUUUCUGAUUUUCCUCUUACCACUUGUCAGUAUCCAGAAGUUGAAAGCCAAGCUCUCUUCAUGGUGUAUCCCUCUGACCAGAGCUCCAAGCAGUGACAGCACGCUGGCCACCAGCGGCAGACAGUGUUCUCUGUGUGGGGAGUGGCCCACCAUGCCUCACACCAUAGGCUGCGAGCAUGUUUUCUGUUACUACUGUGUGAAGAGUAGCUUCUUAUUUGAUGCGUCCUUUGCUUGUCCUAAGUGCGGCACAGAGGUCCACAGCCUGCAACCACUGAAAUCAGGAAUCGAGAUGACAGAAGUGAAUGCCCUUUAGAAGCUAAAAUUGUUUCCUCUGAGGAGAACUGUAUUUUGUCUAAAUCCUUAGCAUGAAUCAUCCUAAGCAUACUAUUUAGGUAUGUCUUAUGAGGACAUGUGCUUCUCAGCCAUUGCCCUCUGUUCCUUUCCAGGCACGACUAAAUUCUGCUCACACUGGAAACCACAUGAUUCUAAACAUAUGAUAUAAAUGGUAACAUAUUUUUUUUUUAAUCAUUGCAUUUAAUUUUUAAUGUCAAGAAUAAUGGA